AUGUCCUCUCGCGACAGGACCCCCCCUAAGACGACGGGUCCACAGUCGAUACCUUUACGAGAUCUCUCGAGACCACCCGAUUCCGGAUCAGAUGAACAUGAUAUCUCAACAGGCACGUUCUCAGGCCACAAGCCCCGGCACAGUCGCACCAGAUCUCUACUGAUCGGACGUCGGACUCCCAAUUACGCGCGACUGAACGACGAAGAGUCGCCCGCAAGAGGAGGACCGUCGUCUGAAAGCGUUGGAACUUCUGCACAAGGAGGAAGCGGUUGGGAUUCCCCGAUUGAAGAUGUGGAGGGAUUUGCGGCGGCAACAGUGGGCUUGGACCUCCAUCUACCUUCGACACCACCCAGUGUCGGAUUACGACGACCGAGUAUCAUCACCACGGCUGCUGAUGGGGACCUGCAAGACGCGGAGAGUCCCUUCUCGCCUCCAGACUCCGACACGACACCUUUGACUUCUUCACGUCGCCCACCGUCUUCGCUCAAGACAUCUAGCUCCGUAUCCAGAGGCCAGAGGCAUGAUAGACAAGGAAAAAAGUCCAGUGUCCAUUGGACGGAUGGUGAGUCACCUGCCGCGGUGCGUGGGCGGACUUCGCGCCUCGGAGAUGAUCUGCCAACGCUCGAUACAAGCGCUGGAAUGCAUCGCAAGUUGAGCACUGCCAGUGGAAUCAGCCGUCUGAGUGUCAGUCAAGGCGAAGUUGGCGAAAGGUCAAGGUCUCUAUCGCCAUCUCCUUCCCCAAUGGCCAGGGCAAACUCCAUGCUGCGAGAGAUCUCACAACGUGUGGUCAACCUGAGUAAUGAUUCGGACAUGGUUGAGCAAAGUAUCCGGCGCAAAUCAUCUAUACGACAACACAGGCGCCCCAGUGCUUCUGCACAUCCCUUGCACGAGGUUGGAGACGAAGAAGGAGCACAACCGCAGCAAGUUCCUCUCGAAAAGGUCCCAUCAGCUGAAGUUGUAGCUGAAACAUUCACACCAAUGACCCCAGUCUAUCACCCUAACCCCCUUGUUGGCAAAACCUGGGGUAUUUUUGGGCCAGAGAACGCUCUACGAAAAUGGCUCUGUGAAAUCCUCGUCCAUCCGCUUACUGAGCCCACAAUUUUGGCUCUGAUCGUCGCCCAGACGGUGUUACUGGCCGUCAAUGCAGCGUCUGAUGCUGUUUACCUGCAGACGCGGACGAAACGAUGGGGGAGCACAGGCUUCGAUUAUGCCAUCUUUGCGUUAUUUGUGGUUUACACCUUGGAACUCGUUGCCCGUACUAUUGUGUCUGGCUUCGUCUCGAAUCCCGUCGAGUUUAGCACCAUCAAUCGGUCUAUUGGCUUGAAACGGGCUGUCCUUCAGAAGGCUCACACUCUGUUCGCCCCCCAAGGUGCCCGAGAGACGUCAAUGGUUGUCAAUGAUGCACCAACGCAACCAUCAAUUGUUCGCACCUUUACCGGAGUUCCUCAUCCUGGGGAGGCUGGAGGGCCUGGCCAUACGAAGCAGCAGCAAAGGAUACGCCUGGCCCGCCGCGCAUUUCUGCGGCAUUCUUUCAACCGACUUGACUUCGUUGCUGUUGUUUCCUACUGGAUCUCUUUCGUCAUGCAGCUCAGCGGCGUCGAGAAUUCAAGUCACGUAUAUGUCUUCAACAUGCUGAGUUGCCUUCGAAUUCUGCGCCUGUUGGGUCUCACCGCUGGAACAUCGAUCAUUCUGCGGAGUCUGAAGAAAGCUGCUCCUCUUCUGGUUCACGUUGCCUUUCUUAUAGGCUUCUUCUGGCUGAUCUUUGGCAUCGUUGGCGUCCAAAGCUUCAAAUCCAGUCUGCGACGUACAUGCGUCUGGGUCGGUGACGACGGAUCCGGUCAAAACUACACCCUCAAUAUUGCGCCCGACAACAUCCAGUUUUGUGGAGGCUACCUAGAUGCUGUAACGGGACAGGCGAUGCCGUGGCUCAAAGCCGAUGGCUCCAACGGAACGGACAGGUCCAAAGGUUAUCUCUGUCCCCAAGGCUCCCUGUGCGUUGAGGGAUUCAGUGGUCCAUACAAUGGUACCGUCAGUUUCGACAACAUCGGCCAAUCGUUGGAGCUCGUCUUCGUGAUAAUUAGUUCCAACACCUUUUCUGAUCUCCUUUACUAUUUGACGGACUCCGAUUAUCUUGCGGCAGCACUUUUCUUUGCGGCCGGGAUUGUCGUCUUGAGUUUGUGGCUCGUCAACUUGUUGGUCGCUGUUAUCACCUCUUCAUUUCAAAUCAUCCGCGAAGAGAGCAAGCAGAGCGCAUUUACAGCCGAGAAAAUCGACGGGCAACUUUUUGAAGAUGAUCAAACGAAGAAACGGACUCAGUUGAAAAAGAUUUACGACAAAACGCAUCUAUUUUGGGUUCUAAUCAUCGUAUUCGACCUAAUUGUCCAGAGUCUGCGAAGUGCAACCAUGAGCGACCGCCGCAAGACCUUUAUCAUGGAUUGCGAAACGGUCGUCACAUUCCUCCUGCUCCUGGAAAUCAUCUUGCGCUUCAUAUGUGACUGGAGACAAUUUUUCCACGGCAAAAGGAAUUGGGUUGAUCUUUUGCUCGCUAUCGUUACUACAGUCACGCAAAUUCCAGUAAUUCGCAACUCGGGUCAGCCAUACGCAUGGCUCUCAGCAUUUCAAAUUGCGCGUAUCUACCGAGUCGUCCUCGCGGUCCGGGUUACAAGAGAACUGGUCAUGGUCGUGUUUGGCAAUAUUGUCGGACUUUUGAACUUGAUCUUGUUUGUAUUCCUGUUCACUUUCCUGGCCGCCAUUCUUGCCUCGCAACUGUUUAGGGGGGAUAUUCCAUCCGUAGAUGCCGAUGGUGAAGUGAUUGGUGUGUCAUUCUUCGACAUCUGGAACUCCUUCGUGGGAAUGUACCAAGUGUUUUCGAGUGAGAAUUGGACUACUCUGAUGUACAACGCUACCCAGUUCAACAACAUUUGGGAUACGGCGUGGCUGAGUGCGAUAUUUUUCAUCCUCUGGUUCGUCGUCUCAAACUUGAUUGUGCUGAAUAUGUUUAUUGCUGUCAUCCAAGAGAGUUUUGACGUGUCCGAGGAUGAGAAACGUCUGCAACAGGUAAAGGCGUUUUUGAAGCAGAAGGAAAUGACUGGUUCAGCUUCUGGGAAUCUCUCACUCACCGCGGUCUUCAAGAUGGGACGAGAAUCAAUCAGACACCGAGACGCUCUCGAAUAUGGCUCGGCAACGGUUGAACAGCUCCUCAAAGAGGCCGUCGUGAAGGACUUUCUGGACGAACAAGACGAUGUCCUUGCGCGUAGGGCGACAUCCAUGCACCUCGACGAAGUACCCACCGUCAAACCCGGGAUUCUGUCCAAAUUCUGGGGCAAAAUCACUGGUUUCUACAGCUCGGCAGAGCCCAAUCCGUUCUACUCCAGUGCCAAAAUCACCCGGGCCAACGAAGAGUUCGAUCCCAGAGCUGUGGCCAAAAGGGUGGUCACGACAACUGAGAACCGUCGCCGUGCACAGCGCCAGUAUUUGCAAAAGCACCCGAAGUACAACGUGUCGCUAUACAUCUUCAAGCCAGAUAACCCAGUGAGAAAGCUAUGCCAAUACCUCGUCGGUCCCGGCCGAGGAACUGAGCGAGUGGAGGGCGUCUCGCCCUACAGACCUGCCUGGUAUGCAUUCUCAGCCUUCACAUAUGCAGCGAUCGUGGCCAUGGUCAUAUUGGCUUGCAUCACCACGCCCUUGUAUCAACGCGAUUACUAUUUAAACAACACACUGAGCAUCACCAACUGGUUCGUGUGGACCGACUUGGGUUUCGCAAUCCUCUUCACGGUUGAAGCCAUCAUCAAAGUAAUUGCGGACGGUCUCUUCUUCACGCCACAUGCAUACUUUCGAAGUGUCUGGGGGUUUAUUGACGGUGUGGUCCUCAUCACGCUAUGGAUCAAUGUGGUCACUGCUAUGUUCCGCGACGACGGCGUCUCCCGAGCCGUUGGUGCCUUUAAAGCGCUGAGAGCAUUGCGCUUGCUCAACAUUAGCGACACCGCGCGAGACACCUUUUAUUCGGUUAUCAUUGUUGGUGGCUACAAAGUUCUCGCGGCCGCCUUCGUUUCCAUGAGCUUGCUGAUUCCCUUCGCCAUCCUUGGAGUCAAUUUGUUUAGUGGCAAAAUGCAAGCUUGUAACGAUGGAGAUUUUGGCUACAGUGCCUUGAGUAAUUGUGUUGGGGAAUUCAACUCUACUCCCUUCAACUGGCCUGUACUAGCGCCCAGGCAGGUUGCAAAUCCCUGGUUCGACUUCGACGACUUCGGCAGCGCCCUGUUCAUCCUGUUCCAGAUUGUCUCCCAAGAAGGAUGGGUGAACGUGAUGUGGUCGGGCACGAGUGUCACUGGCAUUGGAUUACAACCACAGCCAUUUGCGGCACAGGGCAACGCAGUCUAUUUCAUCAUCUUCAACUUGUUGGGUGCUGUCUUUGUCCUGACACUGUUCAUCUCGGUGUUCAUGCGAAAUUACACGGAGCAGACCGGUGUUGCCUUUUUGACAGCAGAACAACGCUCAUGGCUGGAGCUGCGGAAGCUCUUGAAGCAGAUUUCUCCUUCCAAGAGAUCACUAGGUGAACAGUCCGCCAAGUGGAAGAAAUGGUGCUAUGACCUUUCGAUACAGAAACGGGGCAAGUGGCAAAGGUUCAUUACCACAAUAUUGGUCCUCCACCUGAUUCUCCUCACGAUUGACUUCUAUCCCGAGCCAGACUGGUGGGCAACUGUGCGGGAAUACAUUUUCCUUGCCUUUACGGUUGUGCUUAUCGCCAAUGUCAUUAUCAGGAUCAUUGGCCUCUCGUGGAAACGUUUUCGACGGAGCUCAUGGGACAUCUAUUCGGUUCUUGCGGUGUCAGGAAUUUUCGUCACGUCUCUGAUCUCGUUGUCCAAGGUCAACAGCGGAGGUUUCCAACAGCUCCAUAAGCUUUUCCUGGUUUCCGUCACCUUUCUCCUGAUUCCGCGAAACAAUCAGCUCGAUCAACUGUUCAAGACUGCUGCAGCCUCGCUGCCAUUGAUCGCUAAUUUGCUGGCAACAUGGUUUGUUCUGUUCCUGGUGUUCGCAAUUGCCCUGACACAGGCUUUUGGCCUCACGCGCUUUGGAGAAAACGAGAGCAACAAUGUCAACUUCCGCACCGUUCCAAAGGCUCUCAUCCUUUUGUUUCGGACCAGUAUUGGAGAAGGUUGGAAUCAAAUCAUGGAAGAUUUUGCCGGACUUGAACCGCCCCUGUGCGUGAAAGAAGAUAGUUUCUUCGCAAGCGACUGUGGCAGCUCCGGCUGGGCAAGGGCAUUGUUCAUCUCCUGGAACAUUAUCAGCAUGUACAUCUUCGUGUCUCUGUUUGUCUCGAUGAUCUUUGAGAGCUUUUCGUAUGUCUAUCAGCAGAGCAGCGGCAUGUCCAUUGUGAGUCGAGACGAGAUUCGACGCUUCAAACAAGCCUGGGCAGAGUUCGAUCCAAACGGUACCGGUUUCAUUUCAAAGGAGCAGUUCCCUCGCCUCCUAGGGGAACUUUCCGGUAUAUGGCAGAUGCGGAUUUACGACGGUGAUUUCACCGUCAGAGCCAUCCGAGAGGACUGCUCAGUGCAGCCGGGUGAUCCAGUCAAACCAGCAGCAAGAAGAGUGGAUGGCAUCGAUCUCGACAAGUUGGCAGAACGUGUUAGCCAAAUUCCUGUGGCCGAAAUCCGGCAGCGCCGUGCACGGAUCAACAUCUUUUACCAGGAAGUCAUGUCGACAGCUGAUCCAGACCGUGGCAUUCCCUUCACUGCGGUUCUUUUCCUUUUGACGCACUACAAUGUGAUUACGGACUCUCGAAGUCUCCGCUUGGAAGAGUUCCUUCGGCGACGAGCGCGACUACAAAGAGUCCAAGAAAGCAUCCGCAGAAAUACAGUGGUCGGCUUCUUUGAUACGUUACACUGGUCUCGUAAGUUUCGGAAAGCGGUCGAACGACGGAGGAACUCACGCUUGGGUGCACCACCUUCUAUUCCUGUCCCUGAAAUCUUUAUUGAGGAUCCCGACGACAACAUGGAAGGCAGUAGCAGCACCGAGCCACGCGAUUUCACCUCAUCUACACCAUCAUAUACGCCGAAGAAACAAUCAAUCAACCUCCCACCCAUCGACACGACCAUGCCUCCCCCUUCAGGUGCUUUGCGAAGCACGUCACCGGUGGACUUGGAGAGCUCGCCGCGAAGUAGCCCAGUGCGGGCGAGAUUGGGAUCAGUGGAUACUGCCUACCACGGAGCAACAGGAGCAACGAGAUCGUCUCCAACAACGCCGACACUAGCCCAUAGUCGACACGGCAGCAGUGCCAGCGGGCUAGAUGGGCAGGGUAUGAUGGAGAGCUUUGACAAUUCAGCAUGGGGUGAAAGUAUCCGCAGGAGCUUCACGACGAGGAGAACACGAAGCGAUAGCACGCGAGGGUGA